AGAAAAUGCCAUUUGGUGAGAAACAUGCUCGUUUUGGAGAUUCAAAGUCCCGAAUGGAAGAUCGCAGUCGUGUACUAACAAUGAAAUACGGGAAACAUCAGAUGGCACUGAUCCGGAAACGAAUGAAGGUUGAGAACUGGAUUGAGACUGAAGUGACCAAGCUAUUCAAUGGGAAUGAGACUAAUAACGUGGAUAUCGAUCUCGACGUGAUUCAAGAUAUUGAAGAUGUAACUGGGAAAAGAAAGUUCGCAUUCGAGCAGCUUCAAAAGGCACACUGUCCGUGUUCAAUGGACAAAAUCAUAAUGUUUCUGGAUGAACUCAUCAUUCAACUCAAUACCCUCUAAAACAGCAGUUUAUCACUUUCAGUUCACUUGUCAAAAAAAAUUUUAAAACAUUUCCUAACAUAAACUUGAUUAUUAUUUUCGUUAUCUUCUUUUAUUUUCUGUAAUAAUAUUUUUAAAAUACCUCUGAGUGUGCACAUAAUAAACUUUAUUUUUAAGUUUUUUU